CGUGCCCAGUCGGUUCUCUCUCGCUCUCGCUGGCCAAACAAAAGGAAGCAGGCAAAGGUAAACAGUGGACAAAGACACCGGCAAGGAUAACAAAGGAAGUGGAGAGUAUUCGCACCGGAAGCGGAAGUGCAGUGCUCAAAACAAGGAAAUUACUCAUACGCAUCGUACGCCUACGAAAUUACUCAUACGCACCGCUGGUCAAAGAAGGAAGCCAAGAAUUCACUGGCUGCACUCUUAAUAAGGAAAUUACGCAUACGCACGGUUGGCAGCAGUCUGGUAAUAAGGAAAUUACCCAUACGCCGGGUUGGCUUAACUGCAAGAAAAGAUGGGCACUCCUCAUGUCUGCUUCGCCGACGAGCAGCAGCAGCAGCACAAGACGGCCAGCAAUGGCAGCCUGAACAACAACAAUAGUAGCACCAGCAGUAGCAACCAACUAAAUGUGGGCUACAACAACACGAUGGGAACCGGAAACGGAACAGGAACCCCUUCGCCGGGCGGCAGCCUCAGCGUUUCGCCAACACCGCGCUACGAACGCAAUCUGGGCUUCUUUCGGCAGCUCAGCCGCCGCUUCGGCCUGAGGUCGCAGGAUGACCUAGUUCAGUCGGAUGACGCAGCCAGCGUUGCAGCAUCGCGAGGAGGAGCAGGAGGAGGAGGAGGCGGAGGAGUAGCUGGGGUCACGCUCCAGGAGGAGGACGCGCACAGUUCAUCGACCGACUCGUGCUCCUCGGGGCGUGGCCUCGGCUCGGUGGCCCACCAGUCGCGACUGGAGCUCAUGUCCAUGUCGUGCGCCUCCAGCGAGACGAGCAGCACCCUGGACAUCGAGGAGCAGCAGGAGCAACUGCAGCAGCAGCAGCCGAAUGUGCAGCAACAAUCGAAGAGGAAGCCCAUUAACCGGGCCAGUUUCUCGCGACUCCAUCGACGCUCCACAUCCUCGCUGCGUCGCGCCUUCGAGAGCCUUUCGCUCACCUCGCGUUCGCUGUCCUGCAGCGGUCCCUCACCCCCGCCGCCGGCUCCUCCACCAGCAGCGGCUGCCUUGCCCCUAAAGUCGGCUCUCAAGUCCGCCUCAAAUGUCGAGCUACACAAGCAACAACAACAGCAACACCAGCCAGCGGGCAGAUCAUCCUCAUCGUCCUGCUGUUCGGCGUCCAAAAGCAAGGUGAAGCCCCCGCCCCAAAGGAUCCUACGGCAGCCCGUCUCCUACACAUAUCUCAAAGGCAUGUCCGGUCUGCCGACGCAGCGGGUGCCGCGCAGUUCGGUCUGCUGUCAGUACGCCAGGCGCUAAGGAUCCAGUACUCAACUGAAUAUAGAAAGGAUAACAAGCCAAUAAGUAGAAAACACAGAGCGACAGAGAGAGUAAGCAGUAUCAGGAACCACUAAUCAGCUAGCUAAGCAAUCAUCUUGUUCUUAAUUUAUUUUGGGUUGAAAACUAAUUAA